UGCUUUCUGUGGGCUUUUUUCUGAAUAGGGCCGAAUGAAACCUUGAAAAACCCAACAAAUUAUUUUGAAUUUGUAAUUGUAGGCGUAGCGUAGUCAAUCGAAAACAACACCGCAUUAGUGACGGAAAGCGAAAGGUCUCGCAAACAGAGAAGAAGGGGAAAACAAUGGCAGAAGCAGAAGAGAAAGAGCAUAACAAAGAAGAUAUUUCAUAUCUUUCUUCACCAAUGGAAGAAACCCCAAUAAGGGCAGUGGUUUGUCUCAAAAGAAAAGAAGAUGUUAAGCGUUUCGAGGAAACUGAGGAAUGUUUCAUUUUAGAUUUUGACCCAUUUGAUGAUUCUAUUGACCUAUCAAAACUUUCAUUGGAAAACAAGAAUAACAAUGAUGAUGAUGAUGAUGGUGAUAGCCCUGAUAUUUCCAUUGUUGCUGAAAAGGGUCAGGUAGCUUGUAGAGAUUAUCCACAUGCAAGACAUCUAUGUGGUAAAUUUCCCUUCACAACUACACCUCAUGAAAGUUUCUGUGAAAAGUGUUACUGCUAUGUAUGUGAUUCAGUUGCUCCUUGUAAGUACUGGAGCGAUUCUUAUGACCCACAUUGCAAUGCUGAUAGUGACUGGGAGGAGGAGAGGAAUGCGAAUAAACGUUUAUCUGAAGAAGAGACUCCAUAAUUAUAUAUACUUUUACAUAUGUUUUAUGUUGCUGCUACCCUCUUUUGAUGGAAAUGAGACACAAGAAGCCAAGUUAGAAGUUUGAUUUUGGGGUAAAUUCCAGAACUAUUUAUGUCUGUAGUGAAGAAUGUAUCAUGAUAUAUAUAAAUUACAUUUUGAGUGACUUGGAUGAUCUAUGAGCAUAUGAAAGCAGCAUGUAUGUAUA